AUGGAUAAUCUUCUUCAUAUUCUUCUUCUUCAUGCCUCUUUCCUUCUCAUCCAACUCGCGGCCGCCCAGAGCCAGUCCCUGGACGGCGGCAGCAGCAGCAGCAGCAACUUCCAGCCGAGCCUAGCGGUCGUCAUCGGCAUGCUGGCCGUCAUGUUCUCUCUCACCUUUGUCCUCCUCCUCUACGCCAAGUUCUGCCACCGCCCAUCUAACUCCUCCACCGACCGCACCCAGCCCGACCCGACCCGCGCCAUCUCGGACGAGAAUGGGGUCGACAAAACCGUAAUCGAGUCCCUCCCCUUCUUCCCGUUCUCAACCCUCGGGGGCCUCAAGCAGGGGCUCGACUGCUCCAUCUGCCUGUCCAGGUUCACCGAACCCGAUAUCCUUCGCCUGCUCCCUGGCUGCCGACACGCGUUCCACAUGGACUGCAUCGACCGCUGGCUCCACUCCCACUCCACCUGCCCGCUCUGCCGCCGCCAUGUCAGUGCCGAUGAUUUGGCGCUCUGCGGCGCCGACACUCUGGAGCUUUAUGUCGAGAGGGAGGCUGAUCAGAAUCGGAGCCGCCGCCUCUCGUCGAGGUUUAGCUCGAUUGGGAGAAGCUUCCGGAAGCUUUUCGACCGGCAAGAAGAAGUAGAAGAAGAGGAUGAGGAGAAGCAGAUAGGGAUUAAUCAUCAUAAGUUUAACCAUAGGAUUAGUUUUAACUUGAUGAUGAGGAGCCGGUGGAGCAACGUCUCGUCUUCGGACCUCGUCUUCCUUAAUGACGUGGAGAAGAAAAUCGAGUUCGAGAAUGAUUGUUGUUGUGAUAAAGCUGGAUUAGUUACGACAUCUUCUUCUUCUUCGAUUUUUAACAACGGGGAAAAGAGGUCGAUUUCGGAGAUUGUAAUUCAUCCGAGAAGGCUAAUGAACGAGAUCAUAAGUAGUAGCAGUAGUAGUGGUGGUAAUGGUAAUAACGAUAACAACUCAUCAUCUAGUGUGAAUGAGGAAAAAAUGAGGAAACUGUGGAUGCCGAUCGCUACAAAGACCGCGCGGUGGUUCGUAAAUCGAGAUAAACGGUCGACUGAAAACGUCGACCUACCGGCGGGUUAA